AUGUUGAGCGACGAGUUACUGAAUACACUAGGUCCCUCACAACAGUCGGGAUGGAUAGAGGUGUAUGACCUCACUGGGCCUAAUGUGGUACUAACUCGAGCCAGGCGAGCACAGCUUGUGAAAGAGAACUCUUCAUUGCCGACAGCCAAUCCCUCAAGCACUGUACCAGUUAUCAAACAGGAACCUUUAGCCGCGGGGUUGCCUAGCAUGUAUACGGAUGCAUGUGCAGAUGGGCAGUCGAAUAAGGAUGACAUGGUUGUCCCCUCAGUGGAUGCUGAUUGCAUGGCAUCUCAAGCUGAUAUGCCGACAAAAAUAGAUGGAGAAACACAACGGAAACUUCAGGCAAAGAUCACCUCCAAGAAUGAGAUGUUCAGUUCUAUCAGAAAACGUUGCAGAAAGAAGAAAGGUGCAUGCUGGAACACGAAGAAGUCGUGGACAUACAAAUAUUCCUCAGGAGACCGUGUUCGCAUAUUUCCUGGGCAAUGUCAGACAGAUAGUAUUGCAGAGGUUCCAGAAACCUCGCCAGAAUUUUCCCCGUCGCCCACCCAGCGCUAUGCGGGCUCAUCAGAACCAAAUCAAUCUGUGUCGUAUGCAAAGAGAUUACCUACUACAUUCCGUCGAUGCCAGCAAGACAGUAUCACUGGUACACAGUGCUUGUCAGCCACUAACCUUGAUGUGAUGGCGAGCGUACAGCCAGGCUUGGACGCCGGCAUAGACACCCAAAUAAUCCCGGUUGCGGUGGACUCUACAGUUGCGAAUGCUGGCGCUGAGGUACCCGGCGCCGAUCCCACCACAGUAGAGAGGACUUUUCCGAUUGUCAAUGAAGUACCUGAGAGUACCACGGCCGAAACAACUGCAGCGGCAUCGAGUUCACCCUUGAAACGUGCUCUGAAAGUGCAUAUGAAAGUGUGUAAUACUACUGUGUGGUCUCGCCGACAGACUGACCAUUGGUACAAUUUUAAUCUGUUUGAAGGGCUUGGCUGAGGGCUUAGUUAUAGACUUGUGGGAAGCUUGCCAUAUUUCACUAACUUUUGCAAUUAUUGCAAUAUCGUUGAAGCCUGCCGGAAACACCCUGGAGUUGACUGCGCAAUUGGAAUUAGGAGUGAAGUCCCAGCUUUUGAAACAGGUUAAUAUUUUACGGUUUUUAUUGUUUAGGUGCGUUGUAGUAUGUAGCAAUGUGUAGGAUGAAUUUGCGUAUGUUGCGCUCAUUCUCACAGUACGCUUUCCAACACUUAGUAUGUAUUGCAUUUGUAGCU